AUGCAGCACUUCAGUUCACAGUGAGAACCACAAGUUUCACGACAGCACCCCCCUCCACGACAGCCCGGGACAACAAGGCAAACAAACAGGAAAGCGGGGGAAAAACAACAGGCUCGCACUGACUGAAACUGUUAAAGGAAUUUACUUUGGCGCAACGCGCGCAAAAGCGCACUGGCCAAUUUGGUGAAGGCUUGAACUUCAGUGGCAACAUCUGAAUUUUCAUUUCCAAAGGACUGAACAAAUAAUGUUAAAAAUGACGGACGAGCAUGACAAGUGUGUCGGUGACCAGCCAUGCAGUCCAUCGGGUACAAACAGUUCCAUGUCCCAGGACGAGUCCGACUCCGAUGCUCCGUCCUCGCCGACAGGCUCCGAUGGUCAAGGAUCCCUGCUCGCCGGUUUGGGCAAGAAACUGGACUCCGAAGAUGAUGAAAGGUUCCCUGCGUGUAUACGAGAUGCCGUCUCUCAGGUCCUAAAGGGGUACGACUGGUCCUUGGUACCAAUGCCCGUGAGAGGGAACGGAUCCCUGAAGAGUAAACCUCACGUCAAGAGACCCAUGAAUGCGUUCAUGGUCUGGGCGCAAGCGGCCCGCAGAAAGCUCGCGGAUCAGUAUCCACACCUGCACAACGCAGAACUGAGCAAGACCCUGGGGAAACUUUGGCGCUUGCUUUCAGAGAGUGAAAAGAGGCCAUUCGUAGAUGAAGCAGAGAGGCUUCGAGUUCAGCACAAGAAAGAUCAUCCAGACUACAAGUACCAGCCUCGAAGACGGAAGAAUGUGAAACCAGGCCAGAGCGACUCAGAUUCUGGAGCAGAACUGGCUCAUCACAUGUACAAAGCUGAACCAGGGAUGGGAGGACUGGGAGGAAUGAGUGACGGACACCACCAUCCUGACCAUGCAGGGCAGCCCCAUGGUCCACCUACACCACCCACUACUCCUAAAACAGACCUCCACCAUGGGGUGAAGCAGGAUUUGAAACAUGAAGGCCGUCGACUUGUUGACAGCAGCAGGCAAAACAUUGACUUCAGCAAUGUAGACAUCUCUGAGCUCAGCACUGAUGUCAUCAGCAAUAUGGAGACCUUUGACGUUCACGAGUUUGACCAGUACCUCCCGCUCAAUGGCCACGCCUCAGGCUCCUCAGACCACAGCCACAGCCAGGCUCCACUGCCUGGCAGCGCUUACACUUCCUCAUACAGCCAUACAAGCAGCAACGGGUCAACGUGGAGCCGAAAGAGCUCCAUGUCCUCCUCCUCUCCCUCCACCGGUGAGGUGGGCCAGCACCGUCUCCAUAUUAAAACAGAGCAACUGAGCCCCAGCCACUACAACGAGCACUCUCACGGCUCGCCCUCACACUCUGAUUACGGCUCGUACAGUAGCCAGGCUUGUGUCACAUCAGCCACAUCAGCUGCCUCGGCCGCUUCCUCUUUCUCCAGCUCCCAGUGUGACUAUACUGACCUUCAGAGCUCCAACUAUUACAACCCUUACUCUAGCUAUCCCUCUAGCCUUUAUCAGUAUCCCUACUUCCAUUCAUCCAGGCGGCCCUAUAGCAGCCCAAUCCUCAACAGUCUGUCCAUGGCUCCUCCUCACAGCCCCAACGCAUCCAGCUGGGACCAGCCGGUCUACACCACACUGUCUCGACCUUAAGAGUACAGAAACAGCCCGUUCGCACUGGAGACUCAUUCAGAUCGAUGCGCUACUAACGAAGGAAGUAAGGAGGAGACGAAGUAAUGUGCGUAGGGGCUAGUAGGCUAAAUGUGACCAUUUGAACCUGAGACAGAC